AUGUCAGAGGAAAAAACGAGACAGGAAAUUGAGGACGCCAUCCGCACAGAACUGGAGGGCACACUCUACGCAGUUUCAGCGCUCGAACCACUCACGGGCGGUACAGCGAACUUUAUCUACCGCGCCAGACUGCAGAACCCUCUACCAGACGGUUCAACAGAAGUUGUGCUGAAGCAUGGCGAGGCAUAUGUCGCCCGACAUCCAGGUUUCAAGCUUCAAAUGGUUCGGUGUGUUAUUGAAGAGGAGUGUCUACGGCUCCUCUUACAUCUUCCCGUCGCGGUAUCAUCCAUGUUCCAAGUUGGAACUCCAAACAUCUAUCAUUUCAGUCCUAAAAGCUACACUCAACUUCAAGAGUAUAUGACCAACGCUAUCAACUUGAAAGACUACGCAAUCAGUCAUCUUCGGGCCCCUACGCCUGCGUCAGUAAAGCCACAAUGCCUUGAGCUGGGCCGAGUCUUAGGUCGGUGGCUGCGAGAAUUCCAUUCUUGGAGUGACAAGCCAGAGCAGCAGAGUCUGCGCGAAUUAUUUGCCAAGAAUACCGACAUGCGGAACAUUAAGAAGUACGUCAACUAUGAUCAACUACUAGAGAGAGUGGGUGUGUUUCCGUCUCUCCUGGAAGAGUGCAAAGACGUCCUGCAGGAGAUCGUCGGCAUGGCUACGAUGGAGCUGGCGGAUGAAGGCAAGCUAGCCUCUAUCCAUGGUGAUUUCUGGACUGGAAAUGUGUUGCUUCCAGACGCCGCAUUUGAUGAUGCCCAGCAAGUUCCAGUCAGAGUUAUUGAUUGGGAGAUGGCACAAGUCGGUGUACGCGCCGAAGACGUGGGACAAUUCAUUGCCGAACUAUGGCUGCUAAAGCUUUACAAGAAUAUAGAUGGCGCUCUUUGGAUCAUCAACGGCUUCACGGAAGGCUAUGGUCAAGCCGAUGCUAACUUCGCAUACCGCGUGCUGAUUCACAUUGGCGCUCACCUGAUUUGCUUCGGAUCAACGACGCCUGGCUGGGGAACCUCAGAGCAAGGCCAGAAUAUCGUGAAGGAUGGUAGAGAUGUCCUCCUUAAUGCUUGGAAAAUGGACGCGAGAGCCUUUGAAGGGCAUGAUCUUGAAUGUCUAUUCGAAUAG